AUGAUAAGGACCAAAGAGCCGGCCGGCGGACCAGCCAUGGUUCCAUGCCCGGCCGCUCGGUCAAACCCCGCCGGCCUGGGGUCAACACCUGACUGCUCAAAGAGAAUACCUGAACCACCACUUCUUAGGCCUAUGGAACCUAAUUAUGUCACAGGGUUGAUAGAUGCCGAGGGUUCAUUUAACAUUACCAUCUCUAAGGACGAGAAUCGUACAACAGGUCACCGUGUCGUCUGCGAAAUGCACGUUACACAAAAAGCCCAUUCUGCUAGUGUACUCUAUCUUCUCAAAGAGUUUUUUGGUUGCGGAGUUGUUAAGACCGAUAAUAAGAAAACGGACGGGUUAAAAUAUCAAAUGAGUAGCAUAGAGGACAUUAGUAGAGUCCUAAUCCCAUUCCUGGAGAAAUUCCCUUUAUUGACUUCGAAGUAUCUUAAUUAUACUACCUUCAAGGAAGCGGUAAAGAUGCUUGAAAAUAAAGAGCAUUUAACUUCUCAGGGCAUAGAGAAACUUAAAGGUUUGGCGUCCCAAAUGAACACCAAUCGAACAUUUGAGGAAAAAUGGGAUUUUGUCAACGAACAUUCUUCUAAGUCUACUAUAACCCCCGGAUGGAUUCGAGGCUUCACGGAUGGAGAAGGCUGUUUCUAUUUCUAUAUGGGUAAACAAAAAUUGAAUGGGAAAGUAUCUUCGACCUGGAUUCUCCAAGCUUCUCUAGAAAUAGCCCAAAACACACACGACGUUGCGGUACUUGAACUCAUUCGAUCCUUUUUCGGAUGUGGUAUAAUUAAACCUAAAAGAGCCGAUAACGAUCUAAAGACGGCACAAAGUGUAAGAACUGUUAGCCGUUAUGUUGUAAGUAACCUUAGUGAUGUAAUGAAUGUAAUUAUACCCUUUUUUGAUGCUCAUCCUUUGCUUACCUCUAAAUCCUUAGACUAUGAAGACUGGAAAACCCUUAUCCAGAUGAAAACUUCAAAGGAGCAUUUCACUGAAGCAGGAAUCCAAAGAAUGUUUCAAACUAAGUCUCGUAUGAAUAGAGGUAGAAAGGAUUUUAGUAGACCCAGCCAGUAG